UGGGCCACUUAGUGAGUUGUUGCUGCUGCUUUUUACCCGUGUGAAAAAUGUUAUCCGCUGCUCUGCGUCGCGGUUGUGGCCACUAAUUCCACUCCACAAGCAAAACGAGAGUAUAGUUCAGCGAGCUGGGCGUUUGUAAAGACUGGAAAAGGUUGUGUGGGCCAUGAUCUGAGCCGUUGACUUCACACAUGCUGCACUCACACACAUCAGUCAUGUCUCAAUCUGAAUCUUGUACAAAUGUGUGGGACUGGUUAUGUGUACUUCGUCUGGAGCAGUAUUCGGAGGCAUUUCAGAGCGCUGGGAUAACAACGUUACGGCAGUGUCGCAAUCUCACACAAGAUCAGCUGGAGCAGAUGGGCAUCACCCUGCCGGGUCACCAGAGACGCAUCUUGGCUAGCCUGAACAAAACACAUGGUAAUCGUGACACACAGUCUAAUACACACACUCACCCUCUACAGUCUGAGAGGGAUCAGAGAUCAGAGGAAACAGGACACACUAAAGUGUUGCUGAGAGAGAGACCUGUGCCUGUCCCAGUGGAAGAAAAACCUGUCCUUAUGCAAAGGGAAAAAAGAGAUGGAGAGACAUCGAGACCGACACCCAGAGAAAGAGAGAAACCAGUCCCUAAGGACAGACAAGUAUCCAGAAUGAAAGAGGAAAACGGAGAAGGAGAAGAGAAGAAGCCAAUUCCUGAACAGAGACAAACAGCGCCUAGACGAAGAAAACAGGAAGAGAGGGAUAGAGGAAUAGAUGGAGAGAGGGAGAGACCUGUGCCUAGAGAGAGGACUAAAUUUCGUCCUAAUGCUCCAGUGGACUGUCCCUCCGACCCCAUUGUCUCUCCAGCUUCUGACACCUCUUUACCCCCUGUCCCCCCACGAAGCACUCCCAACUGCCCUCCACAGCGCUUUACCUCUAACUUGAGCCCCACACCUCCUGCUCGAACCCAUGGCUCCCCUAAACUAGACAGACGUGAGGUUAAAGCCCCAGCUGUACAGAGUGAAUCCCAGAGUUCAACCACCACCAGCACCCCUACCCAUACCUCCACACAAACUCGGCCACAGACAUUAGCCAUUCAGCCAUAUGCCCAACAUGUGGUUAGUGAUGGAGGAAGAAAGACUUCCCCCAUCUCUCCUAUUGCUUCCCUCAGUGACGACAGAAAUGCUCCACCUCUCCCUCCAAAAGUUGGGGGAGGACCUAAAGGCCCUCCACCAAUCCCACAGCGUUUUCCUGCACAGUCUCCAGGAACUCACAGCCCCUCUUCCAGCAAGACAUUUGCUGAUGAGUUGCAAAAAGACCAAACUCCACAGGUCCCACCCCGCAUCAGGAUACCCAAAACUCAAGAAAACGCACAACAGUCGACUCAACCUGAUACUCAGCUGGCUCUGCCUUCCAGGAGGGUCUCCCAACCUCCCUCUGAGUUCAGGCUCAGUUCAGCCGAUUCACUUGAUCAUAGUUCUGAUGAAUACGAAGAUCCAGACUUGUUUACUCCCAGUGUUCAUCGCAUGAAUACACCAGACAGGGAUAUGUCCCUGCAAGUGCCCGGUCAGGCAAAGGGGCGGUACAGUUCUUUGUGCAGUGACGAUGAACUGUUGGAUGAUGAUGAUCCGACCCUAUGGCAGGAUGUGGGCCUCAGCAACUUGCAAGGCAGUGUCUACCUGCCAAACACUGGCAGACUGGCUUCAGCCACUAAAGAGGACGGCUCUCAGCUCGCUGCAGUCAUCAAAAUGGGCUGGCUGGAUAAGAAUCCACCUCAGGGGGCUCUUUAUUACCAGAGACGGUGGGUGAAGCUGGAUGUUGACUACCUGAGAUACUUUGACAAUGAAAAGGAGAUAUAUUCCAAAGGAAUCAUAUCAACAGCCUUCAUCACUAAUGUGACCAGUGUGGGAGAGCUCAAGUUUGACGUCGCCACAAACAAUCGAACAUUUAUCUUCAGGGCUGAAAAUGAAGCUGAGAGGAACGACUGGGUGACUGUACUGCAGGAUUGCACCAAGGGGCGCCAUCGGCGCAGCACCAUGAACCCUGCUUCACCUUUGACCCCGGACUAUCAGGGCUAUCUGGAGCUCAAAGGGUUACGCUCCAAACUUUAUACUGUUGUCGUCUCAGAUAAGGUCUUCCUCUACAAAAACAUUGAUGACUAUCGUAUUGGAGUUGGUAUCACAUCCAUUGAGAUGAAUGUAGGAAAUAUUAAAGAAAUGGAUCGUCGUAGCUUUGAUCUCACCACACCCUAUCGCAUAUUCAGUUUUAUAGCUGAGUCAGAGCAGCUAAGAGAGCAGUGGGUGGACGCCAUGAGGAAUGCCAUAGGUGAGGCAUUGUCCAAUAGCGAGGUGGCGGACCGGAUCUGGGCGGAGCCUAGCAACAGUAACUGUGCCGACUGUGGGGCUCCCAAGCCGGAAUGGGCAGCCAUCAACUUGUGCGUGGUGGUCUGCAAGCGAUGUGCAGGAGAGCACAGAGGACUGGGUCCUAGCAUUUCAAAGGUUCGUAGUCUAAAGAUGGACAGGAAAGUCUGGACAGAAGAGCUUAUACAGGUGUUCCUGUUGCUAGGCAAUGAGCGGGUAAACAGUUUCUGGGCAGCUAACAUCCCGCCAAGUGAGGCUUUGACACCCUCUAGCUGCAGUGAAGAGAGACGGCGCUUCAUCACCAACAAAUACCGCCAGGGAAAAUACAGAAAGUACCACCCUCUGUACGGAAACCAGAGAGAGCUCAACAAUGCUCUGUGUAUAAAUGUGCAGUGCAGUGAUGUGCUGGAGACAUUAAGUCUGAUCUUCUGCGGUGCAGAUGUGAAUUGUUCAACUGGUAUGGCAAGUUGGCCUUCCCCCCUCUCCCUGGCCAACGCACACUCACAACUCUUACAGGCUGAGUUAAUUAGCCAUAAUCUCAACACAGAGCUGCCACGAUCAGAGAUUGGCGGGGCCAUGGAGGCGGUACAUUACUCAGCACCACCUUGCGUGUCUCACAAUGGCUUCCUGUUCAAAACUGCAUCCAUGGCUCGGGCUGUCACUGAGCGCAAGGCCAGAGAGGAGUUCAGUCGUCGCUGGUGCACCCUGAAUGAUGGCACUUUCAGCUACUAUGAGAGUGACAAGAACUCAAACCCUAACGGAGCUCUGAAAGCUUCAGAGAUCGUCUGUCUGGCAGUCGACACACCUGAAAAACAUGGGUACGAAAAUACCUUUGAACUCUACUCUGAGUCAGAGCGUCUCUAUCUGUUUGGCACUGAUGAUCCAGACAGCCACAAAGAAUGGGUCAAGUCUAUUGCCAAGAGCUUUAUCCCAGCCUCUGCAGAGCCUUUACUGAGGCUGGGUUUUGAAAGGAUUGGGCGGCUGAAGUGUAAAGAUGGCUUGAACCUACAAACAUCCAAGGUUGGUUGGUUUGCUCUGGUGGGCUCCACACUUCACGCCUACCUGGAGGACAACAAGGGGGAGGAGAUCCACCUCCGCAAACUGAAUGAACUCUCCAUCCAACAAGACAAUGAGGUGCUGGUUCUGGUGGAGAGAGGCAGAACGCUGUACAUAGAGGGAGAGAGGAAGCUGGAUUUCGCCGGCUGGUGUGGGGCCAUCCAGACGGCAGCAGGGAGUGGGGGAGACACACUGAGCCAGCAGCAGCUCACAGAGACAGACAUACCUGUCAUCGUUCACAGCUGCAUCGGCUACAUCACUCAGUGCGGCUUGACAUCUGAGGGGAUCUAUCGUAAGAGUGGUGUGAACUCGCGUGUGGCAGCACUGUGUGAGAGAUUUCGGCGUGAUGCUCGCAGUCUCCGUCUGAAGGAAGGAGAGCACCAGGUUGACGACGUCUCCAACACACUCAAGCGCUUCUUCAGGGAGUUAGAAGAAGGACUGUUCACAUCAGAGGAGGCCAGCACUUGGCUCACUACAGCUGCCAUUCAGGAUGAAAGUAUGAAAAUCUCCCAGUACCAGCUGCUUCUUAACAGACUGCCUCGCGUCAACAAGGCUACACUACAAGCCCUUAUCAACCACCUCUAUUGCGUGCAGCGUUUUUCUGAGUUGAACCAGAUGAACCUCCAUAACCUGGCCAUAGUGUUCGGUCCCACACUGUUCCAGACAGAUGGGAAGGACUAUACAGCUGGCCGUGCCAUAGAGGACCUCAUACAGCACUACACACUCAUCUUUGAGGUGGAUGAGCAGCAGCUGAAGAAGCAGCUGGAAGAGAUUACUGUUAUCAUCCAAGUGCGAGAGAAACUCAACACAAAGUUUCCUAGCACUGAACCUGGAGGGCAUUUCAUCUGCACAGUGUACUUGGAGGAAAAGAAGGACACAGCAGAGCAGCAUGUUAAGAUUCCUGGUUCUAUGACAGCAGCAGAGCUGACAUGUGAGGUUCUUGACCGGCGCAACAUCGCAGUUAAAGACAAAGAGUAUUGGAGCUGUUGGGAGGUCAGCGACAAAGAGGAAAUGGAACGUCCGCUGCACUAUCAAGAGCGAGUCUUACCCAUCCUUCACUCCUUUGGCACUGAUUCCCAUCUGCUCAUUAAGAAACACCUCGCCAUGGAGGCGAUGAUCGUCUACCUGACCAGUAGAGUGGAUGCAUCCAAACAUGGCAUGAUGAAAUUCAGAGAGGAGCGAAGCAUCCUCGGUUUGGGACUGACCUCCGGAAGUUUCCAUGACCGAUAUUUCAUCCUCAAUUCCAGCUCACUCAGAAUGUACAAGGAAGUCAGAAGUAACCGUCCAGAACGUGAUUGGCCAGUGAAAAAUCUAAAGGUUUACCUAGGUGUCAAGAAGAAACUCCGUCCUCCCACAUGCUGGGGGCUGACAGUGGUGUAUGAGAGUAAGAAACAAGAGCGGCCAGAGAGACAGCAGUGGUAUCUCUGCUGUGACACCCAGUCAGAAAUGAGGGAGUGGUAUGCUACUUUUCUCAGUAUCCAGUACGAUGGCAACGUGUGGCCUCAGAACGGACUCCAGCAGACACGGGUGAGCCGUGUGUUGCCGGAUACUCGUCACGGUAACGUGUCACUGAUACCUCUGCGUGGCAGUGAGAAUGAGAUGCGGAACAGCGUAGCAGCUUUCAGCCAAGACCCACUUGCUCUCUUUAGAGAUGUUCGAUAAUGGUCGCUGUAAGUAAGGGCGGAUGGUCGACCUCAUCAGAUGAUCUCUGACAGCAUUCCAAUGACAUCAUCAUUCUGUGACUGUGUGGACCAGAGUGACGAACUCUCAUACUGUAUCUGGAUUACGGCCUGACACUGCCAUCAGCUCCACUGAAUAUGAACUGGACCAAAACCUAUACAGACGACAGGGUCACAUAUCAGUUAGAACCUACACUGGUUUCCCUGGACAAAAUAAUUUUACUUGAUGUACAGCAGAAGCAGCUGGGGGGUGUGGCAUUACGAUGUAAGAGAGACGGUCUGAUGGACUACAAUCACCCUUGAAGCUUUCCUAAAUCACUUCCAGCUCAUCGUGGACCAAGUCUGCAUCUAAUGUUGCACUGCUUCCAUUGGUCAGUGGCAUUUGGCUCUAUUCUAUUAUGGGACAGAAGCAUGAAAGACAUGCUGAGCAAAAACCUUAGUCAGGUUAUUCUAGGCACUAGCUUUGUUUUAAUAAAAAAAAAAAAUAGAAGUUUAUUGACCUGCAGUUGUAGUUGAAUCAUAUUUCUAAUAUUGUGAUGUUUUAGCUCUCUUUCUGUACUAUUGCUCAACACAUUGUUGGGAUAAUCCUGCAGUUCAAACCUGAACAAUUGCUUUUGUAAGCAAAGCUGAUGUCAUAAGACUGAGAGACUGAGACCUGAUUUUGACUGGUCACACUGGACUUUAUUCCACAGGGACCAAGACUGGGCCUUAGAGAAACCUGAGAAAUGGCAGGUGAUGGACAUUUGCCAGCACUGUGCAAAACCUCAGUGGCAUAUUUGUGCUUGUGUCAGUUUGUCUACCAAUGUGCACCAGUGUGCACACGCCAUGUGUGAUUCUAUGUAUGUGUUUGUGGGACAUGUUUUACCUUGUAUGAAAUUUGGGAAGUGAUGGGCAUGUGCUGGAAAAAAACAAGAAAAUCAGAGGUGAGGGCAAAAAAUGUUUGAAUAUGAGAUAAAAUGCGAGAGGUACGUGAUUUAUUAUUGUCCCUUAUUCUGUAUUCAAAUAAACCUUUUGUAGGUCACAUUUCAAAUGAUUAUUUCUUAUUGAAAACAAUGUUUUUGCCCGAGCCUGAUCAGUAGUUUUAUCUGUCCCAGUGCGCUCUCUCUCUUUCCUCCUGUCCUCACACAGUCCUCAGCACUGCCUCCUCUGUUUGGGUCCUUUUCUAAAGCAUCACUUAGAGGAAAUAUACAGUACAUGGGCAGUUUUGUCUUAACCAGCAGUAUUUAUGAAGGUAUAGACUAUGAAUUACUUGCAUUGGAAUAAACAGGUGUCUUUUUUGUUCGUUAUCCACAACAUAGAAUCUUUGCAACAGUAUAUUUUUAUAGUUCAUCAUGCCACAGAGGCUCCACUGAAAAGUCUGUCGGCACAAGAAAAAGUGCAUUAUCAUCUUCUAUCAUUCUUUGUACUUGGGUCCAAAUUUGUAUAUAUUUUGGUUAAGGAUUAACCUAUCAACAGUUACCAUCCUCUAGUAUCUUGUAGCGUUGUUGCCUGUAUGCCGCCUGUAGGUUUUCCUUGUAAAGAUUUUUAUUUAUUUGGACAGCAGAGGACGCUGGAUGCUGCACUGCAGAAUGUGUUUGCACAACUUCUACCAGUGAGGCAUCAUGAUGUUCAGCUAAAUGUUAGUAUUAAACACCUUUAGUCACAGUACCUGUGAAAAUGUGUGUAUACAGUACAGCGUAUGUGUGUAUGAGAGAGUGUGUAUGUGUUAUUAGGUGCCCUCCAGCUCAGACCUCGGCACUCCGUGUGGUGAGGUGAUUACAGUGCCUAUAGAAAGUAUGAUCCCGCCAUGUACUUUUAAAAAAAAAUGUUUUAUUGUUUUAUAACAUUGGUGUAUUAUAAAGAGACUUGACACUGAUCAUCAGAAAAUGUUAAAUUAAUGUCUACAUAUUGAUCCAAAAAGAAGUAUUCACCCCCUUCAAGUCAGCAAACUCUCAAGCUGCAGACUUUUAAUGUCCUGCCACGAGCUCCUGAUUGUUAGAUCUGUCUGGAUAGCUGCAUUUAUUUGACCUUCAGAAGCCUUUGAAGGCCUGCUGCAGAGAAACCUUCACAUAACAUGACAAUGCCACCACCAGCUUUCAUUUUGAUGUGCGGUGCAGGGCUUAUGACAAUCAUAGCAUUUCGUAUAAAAGUCAAAAAGCUCAACCUCCCAUCUUGUUCUACUUUGUCUCUUGGUCACCCACGUGAUUUCUGGCAAAUGUUUUUUAGUCAUGAGUUGGUUUAACAGCCCCAGAAUGAGACACCAGUGCAGCAGUUGUUGUACGCACCUGGUCUCCCAUGAUGCAGUAUCUGAGGGAUCCCUUUUACAACUGUUGUCAGAUGACAAAUUAACACCUCAUUUUCUUAAUGAUGAGAGGGAACUGUUCAUCUAACUCAGUGAUUUGUUUUGAAAGAUCCUUUGUCCUCAUAGUUUUUAUGGGACGUUUAGUUUACUUGAUCAUUGUCAAAACAUCCUUAGUACGUCACAGUGUUUCUUAGUGUUUUAAAACAAUAAAGUAUAAGGGUUCAACAGGAGGUGGUGAAUACUUUAUAUGUGUUGUAUAUUCUUUCUGUGUGUCUCUUUUCGUAUUCUGUUACUCUGCAUUUUACUGAUUUUGCAUCUCUGAAACUCUAAUAAACACAUUCAGCUAGUUA